UCCAUGUCUUGCCCUCAUACAACAGGUGUCGCUGCUUAUGUCAAAUCAUUUAAUCCUACUUGGUCUUCAGCUGCCAUAAAGUCUGCUCUUAUUACCACUGUCUACUGGAUGAGCUCAACUAAGAAUGCAGAGGCAGAAUUUGCUUAUGGAGCUGGUCACAUAAACCCACUCGGAGCUUUGCGUCCAGGUCUUAUCUAUGAUGCCCAAGAGGUAGACUACAUCAAAAUGCUAUGUGGUGAAGGCUACAACACUAAAAAUCUAAGACUUAUUACUGGAGAUCAGAGCAGUUGCACUUCUACCAAUAAUGGAACAGUUUUUGAUCUCAACUAUCCCACCUUCGCUUUGCGAGCCCAACAAGGAAAGACCUUUUCAACUUCCUUCCAAAGAACAGUCACUAAUGUGGGAGUGUCAAAUUCCACUUACAAGGCGAUCGUGAAAGCUCCUUCUAGUCUCAAGAUUAAUGUUGAACCAAAUGUCUUGUCUUUUGAAGCUCUUUUGGAGAAGAAAUCAUUUUCAAUCAAAAUUGAAGGGGAUGCUCCAACGACGACUAUCUCUGCUGUUUUGAUUUGGAGUGAUG